CGUGCUUUCUGCUCAGCCCUCUGCUCAUGCCAAUGGCGCCACAUGGCGCCUAGUAUUAGGAUUAGAAUUUCAAACAUAAGGUGGAUGCGCCGCGCUCCUCAAACGUCCCAGAAUUUUAUCAACUCACAUGGCGGCGCUCCCGCUGAGGCAGUUCCUUCUGUCCUUGAAUUGUUGAAGCAUCACAGGGUCUCCAUCAAUUGGCGGCACCCAAAGAACAGUCUGUUCGUCAAUUCGGCUGUGCGGCCCGGAUUUCAUUCAUCAGGCCUCUGAAAUGCAUGUCUAAUCCCCUCUUUAAUGGACGAGCUGGAGUUGUGACGAGCAGCUGUUCCAGCGAUUCAGUAGCCUUUCAAGCUCCCGCUCAAUCUUAUGAUCUGCACCAAAAGAAGUCCCCUCCACCACCUCUAAGAUUGCCCCUUACAUCGUCAAGACUUUGCUUCAGGCAUGGAGGAGAGCACAUGGUGCCCAAGCUGUCGAGCAGCCACAAUGCACUUUGACCUGGUAGACUGCACCAGCGUGUGCGAGCGAUGCGGGUGCGUACAAGAAGAAAGCCCGCUGGUGUCAGGAGAGUAUGGGGGGGGCCAGAGGGUGGAAGAUGACACCGGAGCUGCCACGGCUUGGAGGCUGUUGGACAGUUCCCAGGCGGGGCGGCUGGUGCGGCAGGAGGCAUUCAAGAUGCAGUCUGCGGGGCGGCCCCACGCUAUGCGACGAGUUGCAGACCUCUCGGACCGGGUACGGCUGCCGGUUAUCUACCGGACAGACGUGGAGGCACUGGUCGACGACGUGCUGAAGGGGGAGUGGGGCCAGGGACGCUGGCUUGACGUCCUGGUCGCGGCCUGCGUGUACAUCGUCGUCCGGCAGAGGCGCCUCGCACUGACGGUGGCUGAUGUCGCAUCUGCAGUUCAAAGCAGCCCCGUCGAGCUCGGCGCCACAUACCGGCGAGUCCUCCAAGUUUUAGAAAUCCAACCCCCGGAGGCGGAUCCAAUGGCGUUCAUCCGCAGCGCGGCUUCGCAAAUGGACUCUUUGCGGGGCCGGCAUCGGGCCAGGCUGGCGCUGGUGCUCGAGAGUGCGGAGCUACUGCUGAAGUGCGCCCAGCGAGCGUCGCUUCUCACGGGGAGACGCCCUCUUCCGCUCGCCGCGGCCAUCUUGUACCAGGCAGCCGAAGCCCACAAUGUCAAGCUAACCUUAGACCAGGUUGCCUUAACCCUGGGUGCCGGGUCCAAAACCGCGUUGACCCGGCUGCGAGAACUACGGGCCGCCCUCGCCGUCGAGGGCCAAAAGCUCCCAUGGGGUGCUGACGUCACCGAGACCAGCGUCAAAGACCACCUGCCAAUGAUCCUGCAACUUCUAAGGUUCUCGGACGGGGCCGACAGUCAGGACAACGCUCCGCCAGUGGAGGGGAGAAGGCUAGAGGUUCUUCGGGAAGGUGCGGGGCCGGGCAAAUCACUGGUGAGAGGGGGCGGUACAGUCAAGUUGUUGACCGGGAGGCCAUCGAGCGCCGUUUGUGCAGGCGCUCGAGAAUCGACGGUUGGUCCUGGCACGAGAGGAUUCGAAACCUCUCAGAGUUUGGAGGGGGCUGGCAAUGACCGGAACGGGGGGGGGAGCAAAACGGGGGCCGGGCCAAAGAAGGGGAUGGGACGGGAAGAGAAGAGGGCCCGGAACUCAAAUAGCCGCCCGGGGACGGCCGAAGGCAUGUAUACCGGUCCGUUGGGUUCGUACCUGCAACAAAAAAAAGCCCGGAACGAGUCUACGGACGGGGCGGCUGCUGAGGGGGGCGGUGCAACUGUUGGGGUUGACGUCCAGAAAAGUGACAUGCCGGGGCAAAUAAAUAAUGCGAGUAGAACGGCAAAUGGCACGGUGUUGAAGGAUACGGCAGUGAAGGCGAAGCGUGUACAGAUAGGAGCAGGUAGCAAUGUAAACAGCGUCCAGCAGAAUGCUAGCGAGCAUUCAGCGCGCAGGAGUGUUGGAGUGGAUGAGAUGGAGGGCAUUAACACCCCGGAGCCUACAGCGGAGCCAGAGGGUGUGAAUGCGUCCAAAGACAUUGCGUCUCGAAGAGAUCAGCUCACUCUGCUGUCGUCGACCGGCAAGGAGACACAGACUUCAGCAAGUUCCGCUGAGAUCGUCGUCCGGCCCGUAGAAACGGAACUCAAAGGACCGGAACUCGGCGAAUCAAGCACGGGAGGAGAGGCGGUGCCCUCGUUUGACACGUGGCAUGGGCUGCCGCCGUCGUUCCGGGCUCAGGCGGUCGAGAGACAGAGGCGGGCGACGCUCAUUGCUGACGUCAAGAAGCGGCUCGCCGGCCUCCAAGCCCACUUGGGCGUCUCGGGGGGGUCCCAUGCCGCACCACCUUUGCCCCCCCUGCCAAAGUACCAGGCCCGACCGCCGGAACAGGUUCUGCUGACGUCCAAGCGGAAACGGAAUGGGGUGGAAGAUCUGGAGUGGGAGGCCAGGACGAUCGAGGCGCUCCUGAUACGCGGGGCGGACGAGCAACUGCUUUUGGAGGGGCAAUAUGAGCGGGCGCGGCAGCAACUAGAGGCGGCGCGGCCACGGGCGGCGGGCGAGGACGAGGACGUCACGGAGUAUAUAAGGACGGAUGCGGAGAUCCGGGCGUUGCAAGCGGCGGACAUUUUUGUUGCUCGGAUAUCGAGAAAAUCAUAACGGCGGGUGCUCAAAUGCGCGUUGGCCACCUCAGGCGCCUCACUGUGCGAAAGGAGACUUUGAGGACACGCGUCAGGAAGUUGAGCUAAUUUCCUUUCUGGAGCUGUCAGAGAGGAAAUUCAAACGCUCUGAAGCCGUUCCAAACUACGCUGAAACCUGAUGACAACGUUAUUAAAAGUUGCCUACUACAUGAUGGACUUUCAAAGCAGAUUACCGUAGGUGUUGGAGGUGCUCGUUACAGCCCGGAUUGGCGGCACUUUCUUGGCUCUCUGCUUCUGCUUCCGUGUACAUGCCUCUCACUUGGAUGGCUUACAGUAGAUAUUGAGUGAGGGGG